CUUGCUUUUCAUCUUUCUUCGUGCGUCCUUCGUUCCUAUCGCAGCUUUUUCUUUGUGGCCAUUACUUGCUGCUUCGACUUCGCGUGCUUUUGCGUGAAAUAGUUUGUUGAUAGAGUCGCUUAAGUAGCUGCUUCGCCUCCGACGACGACUUCGAAUUGGAAGUCACGACGGGAGCUCGCUCGCUGCGAAGUAGGCAUUUGAGGGUUUACAUCGGACAUGGCUUCUCGACAAUGCCAAAUUUGCCAGGAAGCGCAAUUCAAAUACAAGUGCCCAUCUUGCCUUUUGCCAUAUUGUUCAUUGGCAUGCUUUAAAAAGCAUAAAGAGAAUCCAUGUCAAAAGUUGACUCCACAGGAAGAGACAAUUUCUAUGGUGCUCCCAGAAAGAGCAUUUGAAGUAGAUGAAACUAACUGGAUUCUUGGCAGUGAUCAACUACAGCUUAUAGCACAGUCGAAAGCUAUACGGGAUGCCUUGAAUGACAUAGAGCUACAGAAACUGGUGUACAAGAUUGACAGCUGCAGUAACCCAGAGGAGGAAUUGGAUAAAGCCAUGGAAAGAGAGGGCUUUCCGCAGUUUACAGAAAUGAUCUUAUCGGUGGUUAGAUCAAAAAAUCAAACCCUCCAGCAGCCAAACACAUGAUUGUCUUUAUAAAUAGUUGUGCUGUCUACCAGCUUAUCAAUACCUGAAGAUGUGAUCUGCUGCAGGAUUGAAAAAUUUAUAUUUUAUUAAUUUUUAAAAUAAUUUUAAUGAAUAGUUUAUUUAAGAAUGAUAAAUUUGAUUACCAUAAACAGAGAUAUGAACAAAACAUUAAUGGAAGGAAGAAAAUCUUGUUGGAGUAGGAUUUCCAUAGGGGUGGUUGAAGGAUUAAUUGCACCGAAUAUGUAUCAGGCCAUUAAGAUGAAAUUAAACUGAAUAGUGUAAAAGAUAAAUAAUAGGGGAUCUGUAUACGGAAUUUCUUGUAGAAUUUAUGUACCAUCUUUGGUCUUCUUGGACAUGUUAUUGAAGCACUUUAACUAAUGCAUUAAAAGCUUAUCAAUGCUUUACUUCCUAUCUAAA